CUACGAUAAUCUAACCUGAUGGCUUUUAUAUAUCUAAACGUCAGCGAUGACUUUUAUUUGAAAAACAUCCCAAAACUUUUCUUUUUAACGAGCUUCAUACUUAUUUUUACUGUGUAAAUUUUGAAAAUGGAGGACAGUGAUGUUGAAGGAGAUGGAUUUGUUAGCGAGGAGGAAAAAACGGAAGAACAACUUGAUCCCGAAAAUCCCGAUCACUUUUUCCCAAUUGUCGAAAGAGAUUUCAAUAAGACGCUUGCCAAUUUGGAACAAAAUCCUGAAGCACUUCAAUUCACCGAAGAUUUCAACAAACUUUUCGAAUCGUUCUUCCUCACUUACACAAAACAAAAAGAGUUAGAACAAAACAAUGAAAAUUUGAAGAGUGAGAUCGCAGACAAAUCCAACAAAAUAGAUUUGGCGUUGAAAUUAGCUGACGAAGAUCAAAAAACAAUCAAUGAUUUACGAAAACAAAUCGAGAACGCUUGGAAAUUGGCGGACGCUGCUCAUGCUCGUGAGCAACUCGCUCAUGAGAUCAUUGACAAUUUGAGAAGACAAGUGGAAAAUUUGAAUGCCGAAAUCGAAUUCAAAAAUAAGAUGAGCGAAGAAGCUGACGAUACCGGAGAGCUUAGUAAACAUCGGGACGGUCUGGAACGAGAGAGAGACCGACUUAUAAACGAAGUCAAUCAGCUAAACACUAAAUUACAGAACGCUGUUGGAUAUCAAGAAGAAUUGGAAAAAAAGAAUUCUGAGGCUGAUUUAAAAAUAAAUGAAAUAGCCGGACAACUAGAGGACCAAGUACAAGAAACCAAUCGCCAAAAGCGUGCCAAAGAAAAAUUUGAAGCUGAUAUACAAGAAUUGAAAUUUAAAUUAGACGAAAAAGAUUUACACGCUAUUGAACUGAAUGAAACUAUUAAAGAUCAGUUGAAGCAAAUAGUUGGAUUACAGAAAGAUAUUAAGGAGUGGAAAUUAUCGCACGAUAGACUGUCUAAAGAAUUAGAAGCAUCUAUAAUGAAAGCAAGCAAAUUAGCAGAUGAGCACAACGUAGCGCUAUUCGAGGUUGAGAGUAUGAGAAAAACGUUACAAGAAAAGGCUGUAGACAUGAAGAUAAUUAGUGAAGAAACGACAAGAUACAAAAACGAUUUGGCCAAAGCUCAAAAAGCGAGAGAGUUGAUGGAGAAAAAAAUGAUGGUGGUAAUUAAGGAUAAAGACGAUACAACGUCGGAUAGAGAUAAUCUUAGACAAAAAAUAUCAGUUCUAGUAAAAGAAAUUGAAGAUUUUAAGAAAUACGUGGACGAAGAUAAAAGAAAUAUUGAAGUAAUGGUGAAAGAAAAAGAUAUACUCAACAAAACCUUGCAAAGACAACAAGUGAUACAGAAAGAUCAACAGAAACUGAUACAAAUACAAGAGCAAGCAAAAAGAAAAUUAGAAGUUGAGCUAGACCUAUUUUUUAUCGAAAGUGGUAAACACAAAAAGUUAAUUAGUCAAUUAGAAAGAGAAAGAGAUAGGCUAACAGAGGAACAGCUAGAUUUUACCAACACUAUACAAGAUCAACUUGAAGAUAUUCGUCAAAAAAAAGUUUUUAUUUUUGAUUUGAAAAAAGAAGCAGCAGAACGAGAUAAUAAAAUCAGACAACAGCAAAAUAUUUACGAAGCUAUGCGAUCGGAUAGGAAUGCUUUGCAAAAAUUAUAUCAAGAUUCUUCUGCUGAAUGCGAUGAAUUAAGGAAGAAGCUUAAAUUAGUGACGCAUCAGGUUGAACAGCUGAAAGAGAAUGUUGGACAAAAGGAAAAGCAAAUAAUAAAAGACGAAAGCAUUGUAAGAAAGUUGAACAGAGAAAAAGAGCAGUUGAAAAUUGAGGUUAUGACUGGAGUGGAUCAAAUAAGAGUGCUACGAUAUGAAGUUAAAGAAUUGCGUGAAGAGGAGAAAAGAUUAAAUAAAAACAUAACCAGCUUGAAUCGUACGAUCAAGGAUCAAGCAAAAGAUUUAGAUCAAUUGAUGAACGAAAGGGACAUUCUUGGAUCUCAAUUAGUACGGAGAAACGACGAGAUUGCUCUACUUAAUGAAAAAAUUGUGAUUCUUCAAGCCACGUUAGCCAGAGGCGAAACUCAUUAUGAAUUGAGGUUGAAUGAUAUUAGACUGCUAAAAUUGGAAAUAAAACGUCUUAGACAAGAAAAAAAUCACAUUAACAAAACAAUGGCGAGUAUGAUUGAUUUACGCCACGAAGUUUUCCAUUUGGAAAGGGAUUUAACAAAAAGUAGAUUGAAGUGUAAAGCUUUAGAACAAGAAGUUCAAAAUCCUUUGAAUAUACACAGAUGGAGAAAAUUGGCUGGGUCUGAUCCAGAAGUUUUGGACUUGUUACAAAAAAUUCAGAUAUUACAGAAACGAUUGUUACAACAAGGCUCAGUAGCUAUCGAAAGAGAACGACAGUUGAAGCAAGUUGAAAGAUUGUAUUUGAAUUUAAGAAAAGUAGUGGCUAGACAACCGGGACCAGCAAUACAAGAAGAAUUAAGUAAAACGCAAAGGGCUUUGAAAUUUAGAGGAAAUAAACUGAAGUGCAUGGUUUCUGAAUUGAAUAUGGCAGAUUUAAAAGUAAACGAAUAUAAAUCUGAUUUGCAACGCGUAUCAGAAGAAUUAGCAGAUUUGAAAAAGAAGUAUUUGGCGGAAAAGAAAGCAAAUCGAACGUUGCGCAUGGCGCACGAAUCACGCCGGGAAUUGAAUCAUAGUCGAAUCGGUGAUACCGGCGAAGUUAAGUUUACUGGUGGAGGUUUUCGAAUGUCAGUCUCCCAAAUUUCGUCGAAAUAAUUGAUAGUUAAAGUAUUUACCACCAUAAUUUUACAAUUUACUGUCUCAGUGAAUAUUCCGGAUUUCAUGUGAAAAUGUCGAAGGUUAAACUUGAAGUUUGUGUUGACAGUCUCGAAUCUGCACUAGCGGCGAUCGAGGGAGGCGCGGAUAGAUUAGAAUUAUGCUCCUCACUAAUAGAUGGCGGACUUACUCCAACACCUGGAUUACUGAUACAAAUUCAAAAUAUGAAUUCAAAAAAUGUUCCAGUUUAUUGUCUGUUGCGUUGUAGACCAGGAAAUUUUAUUUACAGUCAUGAAGAAAUCGAAAUUAUGAAGGAAGAUGCCAAAAUUUUACGCAAACAUGGAGCUGAUGGAUUUGUCUUUGGUGCUUUGUCGGACAAUGGGGAUGUUGAUAUGAAAAUCUGCCGAGAACUAAUCAGGGUCUGUCAUCCGCUUCCUGUAACUUUCCAUAGGGCUUUCGAUUUCUGUAGACGACCAACUAUUGAAGUUGAAGUUAUUAUAGACUUGGGUUUCCAAAGAAUUUUGACCAGUGGUAAGCAACAGAAUGCUCAAAUGGGUGUUAAACUUAUUAAAAAGCUAGUAGAACAAGUUGGUCAUCGAAUUAUUAUCAUGCCAGGAGGAGGAGUAACCAAAGAGAACAUAAAGUACAUCUUGGAAAACACAGAAGCCAAAGAAA